AUGCCUCCUUCGACGCCCAUUCCGGAAAUUGUCGUUACCUCCCACUCUGACUUCUAUGACCGUUCGGGAGGCCUGACACCUCGGACUCCCCACUCCCGCGCCGGCCGUGCGGAGGAGGGGUUCACCACGGAAGAACGCGAGGCAUGCGACGACGACGAAGCCAACGACUACCGCAGCCAGCUCAUUCAAGAGUCUCAAGGGCUCCUCUACCCCGGCUACAGAGCUCGCGGCGACAACCACGAUGCCCAUGAGCAGGACAGGCAGUCCACUACCACCUUUGUGUUCACAUUUCUAAAAAGGAUGCCUAUUGCUGCUGGGUUCGUGGUCGCUCUCCUCCUUCUCGCCGCCACUUUCAUUUCGUGGCGGGAUCCUGGCACACUCGAAGUCGCCCUCAAUAUCGUACCCCCGGCAUCGACGUCCUCCACAAAUCCUGAGACUAUUCAAGCACCUCUGCGUCUCAUAUCCUACGAGAACUACACCGAGUUCCCUCUCACUCCCGACCAAUAUCGGGAUGAAUGCCACAAGUUGAUGGGAAGCUUCAUGCCUCACGGAGCAUACUGGGAAGAACCCUUUGCGGGCCCUCUCGACGUCGCGCAUUCAAAGCCGGAGGCCAAGACCGAAGGCGACGACACGCCAUUCUGCACGAGUACCAUCACUUAUAUGCUCGACGGUACUGUUGGUCUUGCCGCCGACUUGGCUCUACUGGCCCAAGUCGCCUCUUUUGCUCGCGAGCGCAACAAAACUCUUCUCAUCGAAGACAGGCACUGGAACCGUGGCUCGUGGUCGGAUCACUUCCAAAACGUUCGCCUGCUUCAACGAGGUCCGGAGCCUGGCUGCAAGCCACCUCCACCGAGUGAACUCGUUGCAUGUCCUAGAACUGCUAGCGCCAAAACAUCAGGGUUUCACUUCGGUGAACCGUUUUACGAGGAGUAUGAAGACCCCUACGGCCAUCAUAUGAAUCGGGCUAAGCCAAUCUACAACAACGCUCGCGCCUCAUUUGAAGAGGUCAUUCGUCCCGGCGCCCGCAAUAACUUCCUCAUCCGUGCUGUACGGGACGAGAUUGUCUCAACGCUUUCUCUCACUUCGCCGGACCACCAUGAUCGACGACACGGCGACCACAAUGUCGACUACGACCCUCAGCAUAAAACUCCCCACCCGCGCCUUACAUCGGCGUACACCUUUUAUCCACCUAAAGGCCACAUCCCUCUCGAGAAGUUCAUCGACGGGGCGCGCACCACCUGGGACCGCUUCUACGGCAACAAGUCCCAUUCGGUGCGCCACGAGCACGACGAGCCCGCCGGCGUCGACGCUCACGACAUCGCGGAACACGAAGUUCCUACUGGCCUCCGUCUCGGUCACGACGACAAGUACCCUGCACCGCCGAUCAUGUGGUUCGCCUCAGAUUCCCCAGCCGAAGCGAAGGAUUUCGCAUCCGCGUUUUCGCCCGCCACUGCCAUUUUCUCUUUGGCACGAAGCACAAUUUCCGCCGUACGCGCGCUACAGUCGGAACGCGAGUACGUGCAGCUGGAGUUCAACCAAGAAUCGCUAGAAGACCGCAUCAGGCUCACCCGGGGGGCCAUCGUGGACCUCGCGAUGCUCGGUGGGUUGUGGGCGUACCCCGGGCAGAUCGUGCCGGGAGCGACGGUGUGCAUGGAAGGGUCGAACGUCUGCAGAAUGGCGGCCUCGGAUUUGGCUUCGAGCGCGCGUUCGGGUUCGACGACAACGGGACAUUAUUCGGGUGACCCGAACCCGGAGCGGGCGCGCUGGGUGGACGUGGACCUAGCGGGCAGGGUGAUUCCGCCUGGAGGCCGCUGGAGGCCCACUAACUUAUUCUUUUCUAUUUGCGCGAGGGAUGUAUGCAUGUAG